AGUCUGCUGCGGGGCGCGGCGCGGCCUCCUUUAGGGCCUCACCAUGCCGCCGAGGACGCGCUGCUCCGGGCUGCUCUGCUGCUCCCUCCUGCUCGCCGUCAACCAGGCCGUGAGGGAGGCCAGCGCCGCGGGGCAGGAGAGGUGCCAGGUCAUCCUGACGUCGGGCUACGGCUACCGGCAGUUCAUACCGCUGGAGGCAGCGCUCGCCACCCCCGGGGACACGGACCCAAUGGACGGCUACCCCGCCCCCGCCGCCCCCGGCCCGGCGCCCACGCCGCCGCCACACCUGCGGCCGGGCAACACGACGCCGGCGAUGAGGGGGAACGCGACCGGGCCUGGAGGGUCGCCGCCGGCGAGCGGCAGCAGCCCGCCCCCGCUGCCCGAGAGGCUGGUGCUGCGCUUUCAUGUGAUGGCGGAGAGCGACGCUCACAUCUUGCUCAGCGCGCAGAGGCGUUCGGACCGGGAAGCGUACGAGGUGGUGCUCGGCGCGGGCAACAACACCUACACCGACUUCCGGCGCCUGCCCGCGUCCCUGCCGCCGCGGCGCGCCUUCAACUACUCGGCGGGCGUGGUGUCGGGCGCCGAGCUGCGCGCCUUCUGGCUGCUGGUCGACCUGCGCACUGGCGUCCUCGCCGUGGGGCCGGCGGGCGGGGCGCCCAUCCUGGCCUGGGUCGACCCGGAGCCCCUCCGCGUGCGCUACCUCAGCCUCUGCACCUGGACCGACGUGGAGGGCAUGUGGCUCUACGGUUGCGAAAAUCGAGGCGACACGUCGCCGACCGGCGCGCUGGACGCAGAGUGGAUGGGGCCGGCUGAACGCUUGCGUCAGCACGUCCUGGUUCCCCACAAGAAGUCCCCGCCGCACCACGCCGUGGACGUGCGGGUGCGAUUGGACGUGGACCGCUUCGCCGUGGAUGACAGGCUGGGAGUGCUGACCGUGUUCGGAACGCUCGUCUCGGAGUGGCAGGACGACAGACAAACGUGGACCCCCGCGGACUUCGCCGGCCUCAACGCCACCGCAUUGGUCUCGCCAACAGAUGUCUGGCUGCCGCACCUCCAGGUCGCAGACCCCGUCCUCCCGGCGUCCUCUGGCCUGCUGAGGGGUGCGCUCGGCGGCGGCCUCCGACUGCACCUGGACGCCGACGGGCGGCUGCGCGCGCGUGGGCCCGUGGAGCUGCUGGCGCGCUGCUCCCUCGAACGCGGUGGCGGCGCGGUGGAGGAGUACGUCUGCGACCUCGGCGUCGUCGCUUCGCCUCCGGCAUUCGUCCUCCUGGAGGCGCCCAACUCCCCGGCCCCCGAGAACGCCCCGCGGUGGGCGUGGAUGGCUGCGCACUCCGUGGAGCCCGCCAAUGACUCCGCGCAGGACGCGACCGGGCGGAACAAUACCGAGGGCGAGGAGCUGGACACUCGUAGUGGAGCAUCCUUCUUGCGGAUACGGGUGCGGCAUCGCGGAUCCAGGAUCACCGGCGUGUUCCUCGCCGCGUACAUCGCGGCGUGCUCGUGCUGCGUGCUGGGCCUGCUCUGCCCAGCCCCUACCCCGCGCUCCCCGGAGGCGCCGCCGCGAGGACCGCUCGCCGCGCUCACGCUGCUCAUGACCGCCGUGGCGGUGCUCAGCAUGCAGGCCGCCCUUCCGCCGGCAGUGCUCACAGCGGCGCCGUCGUCUGUGUCUUGCCUGUCUGCGGCGCUGGCCGUGGCGGCCGCGGCGCUGCUGCUGCAGACUCUGCCCUGGGCCGGCUGCCCGUGCGUGGACGACGCCGUGCUCGAGGCGCCCCGCCCGCCCCCGCUGCACCUGCCCCAGCUGCCGCGCGCCCUCAACAAGCUGCUCCGGAGUGCGACCCUCGCUAGGGUCCUCCUCUGCCACAACGGCCCGCCGGAGCGGCCUCGGUGGCGCGCGUGCCCGAGCGGCACCCCAACAGAGCAGGUCCUGGAGAUGCUGGACGCCAUGGACGCGGAGGAGGCGCGGAGGGACUGGCACAUGCUGGCCGUGGUCCUGGAGAGAGUAGCCUCGGUGAUAUACCUCAUCUUGGUCCUGGCAGCCAUGGUGCCGAGUCUAAUGCGUGCAAGUUAAAGACGAGUUGGCGCUCAAAGCGUCCGUACUGGUGAGGCGCUGUUUGUGUCAGCAUCUAUGUGCUUUGCCGACUAGAACAGUGCAGAACAAUUUUAGCAAAGAUAAGUAUCUGUGAUAUUAUAUUAACUUUUCUGUGUUAUUUGAAACUUGGUUUCAUCAUGGUUUCAUAUUUCACAUGAAAUAAUGCUGAUCUUCUGAUUAUGUUCUUAAAUUUUCUCAGCAGAGGUGUAGAAGAGGUCAAAAUCAAAUAGCAUUUAAUGUUGGAACUUUUUUUUUUAUUAUUUCUUUGCAUGAUAAGUAAUUGCUGUGCCUAUCCUCAAUACAAACCGUGGAAUGAAGCAGCCUAAAGUACAACACUAAGACCUCUAUGAUUGAUGCAGUAUACUUAUAAUAAGUACAAAGAUUAAUAAAAAGUAACAACUGUACAUGUAAAAAUGUUAAGUAAUGUGCCAGGUCUAGAAAAAAUGUGAAUAAAAAUGACCUUUGAUAGUA